GGCUAAGGAACGCCCAUGACUGCACAGGGGUAUAUUAAAAGUUCGCGAGGGUGCACAUACUGUCAUUCAAAAUCUGAUAGUCAGGACGUAAGGAUGCCUGCGUCACAAAUUGGAUUUGGCAACUUCUUCUUUGAAAGAAACAUCAACAUGCUCCCUGGAUAUCAGAUACCGGGUUUGGGAUGUCAACCCAGGGUACGACAGCAACAAGCCCCUCAUCUUGCUGCGACGACUGGGGUACCUUUGACAUGUUCAGGACUACAGGGAUACAACUUCAUCCCCUAUCCACACUACGGACACAUUGCGCACAUGAACAACUCAUUCGACCUGAAGACUGUCUCUCCGUAUUAUGAAGCGCUUCUCGGCCGAGGAGGGCCGUUCUACCCGCAAUAUCGACCAGGCGCAUCUGAUGACCCAAGCAGAGUCGCCAAGGUGGCUAGCCGGGAAAGCACCAGCGCGCUCAAGGCCUGGUUGAACGAGCAUCUCAAGAACCCAUAUCCUACAAAGGGCGAGAAGAUCAUGCUUGCCAUCGUAACCAAAAUGAGCCUCACGCAGGUGUCAACUUGGUUUGCCAACGCCAGGCGACGGCUGAAGAAGGAGAAUAGGGUGAGCUGGGCGUUCAAGGGGAAAUCUGACGAGGAUGAGGGCGAAAGCGACGAGGAGAAGAGUGAUGUCACUCUGCAGAAAAGCGCAUUGGUCGAUGAAGACGAAAUAGAUCUUCAAACCGUCGAUGAGAAGGUGGUGGAGGAUAUUGGACAUAGAGUGGACAACUCAACGCCAGAGUUGGUGGAUGCACGCCUGGAGAAACAAUCAAGCGAUGACCAUAGAGACAGCACGCGUGCUCACGGGGAAAAUUAUGUCGAAAAGAGUUACACCAAACGCACAUCAUCCCCAUCUCGUCUAGGAUGUAAGGACAACGCUGAGUGUCAAAAGCCCAAAAUAUGGUCUUUGGCAGAAACCGCUACCUCGGAAACGGUGAAAAAGCCCCACCAGGACAAUGCGUGUCAUCCCAGGAGCACUGAAAUGGGCAAAUUCUGGUCAGAAUGGGCAUCAAGGAAUGGACUGUAUAUUCCCAGAUAUACUGCUCACGAUAUUCUUUAACGAAGCAUUUACAGUUUUAAAUUACCAAAAAACACAUGUUUACAUCUUUUGCACUUUAAAAUGCCAAACUCCAGAGAUUGGAACAGGCUUAUUUUUUUAUUUUUAUGUGGGAGCCUACACGCAUACUAUGGAAAAUGCUGGGCAGGCCUAUAUGCUGUUUGGCUUCUUGUAAGACCGAAGACUCUUACAGAGUUAUGUUUUGUGUACAUACGUGUAGAUGUAUUUGCAUGAAUCAUCUGUACAUUCUAAUUUCAUUUGUCUUAUCAUUAACAUUUAUUUUGGUAAAAUAA